UUUUUUUUCUUUACUUUUAAUUUUCUUCUCAUUGACAUUUAAAGAAUGGCGAUUCAACAAGCACCAUCUGAAAUUUUGGAACAGAUUUUUUUACUCUUGAACGAUGCCAAAGAAUGUAUGUCAGUGUGCAAAGCAUGGCAUUUGACGGCUUCUCGAAUAUUUUAUUCGGAAGUGACAUUAACAAGACAUAAUGCAAGUGAAUUUAUUCGCCAUAACGGGCAAAGCGGACAAUGGGUUCGGUACUUAAACUUUCACAAGAAGAUGGAUAGUAUCAGUGUAGCAGCAUUUGAAGAAUUAGUUUAUCAAGUCCCGAAUGUAAAAGUACUAGAUCUGACUGGUAUUGGCAAAUCGGUGUUGCCUCCUUUGCUGGAGGUCUUGGUAACUAAAGCUGGGUUCCAAUGCAUGGACGAAAUCAAGGUCAAUAGUAACCUUUCAGGUAAAGGUAGAGAACAACAUUUUUUAGCGUGUUAUCAGUCUCGAAAGACGAUACGACGUUUAAACCUGAAUAAUUUCCGCUCUUGUUACACUAUAAAUGAUCUAUCUGGGAAUUGCCUAGAAUUUUUGCCACAAUUUCAACAGCUGACGCAAUUAUCAAUUCAUAAUGACCUGUUGCACGGAGAUCGAUAUAUGCUCAUUUCUACCGUAUUAGACACUUGCCCUAAAUUAAUACAAUUUGGGCUGUUUACAAAGAGACAUUUCCCGGAUGGAUCUAAGCCAGGUUUGCUACAGAUGAUGGAAAAUGAUGUCACGGUGACCAAACUAAAAGCGUUAAAGAACAUGGAAUUCGAACUACAUGAUUUUCAUGAAGGCUAUAUAAAAUAUAUUGUACUCUAUACGCAGUUACAGAGAUUGAAAGUACACAUGAUGGAUACGGAUGUGCAUGAUUGGCUUACAGAUAAAGAAAAUGUGAUCAUCCCCUUUGCACAGUAUCUAUCUGGAGUCGAACAGGUGGAAUUGGUGGCAGACAUUGUGACGGGUAAAAGACAAAGAAACAAUUCGUUAGGACAUGAUAAGAUGACAAGACACUGGCAAUUUAUUAAUACGGUGAUGGCAGAAAGAAAGUUGCAUUGUCAUGUGUAUCUAUCAAUGAAGGGUGGAUAUAGUGACGAUCAACGGUUUAAGCUCAAUGUGGAUAAGAAGAAAAUGAUACUAGAAUAUCAACUUACGCCAGAAUAUCCGACAAACAAUCUGAUCCGAUUAUUUAACACAGAAGAUGAUAGUUUUAUGAUUGAUUCGAUGGAAGUAGGUGAUGCAAGUCGAUAUCGUCUAGAAGAUUGUAUACAGUUGGUGUAUUAUGUCCGAAAGAAAUGCCCUGAUAUAAAGUUUUUAUUGGUUAAUCGAUCAAGUACGCGAUAUGUUCUAGAGGCGAUUGAAUACCCGUAUGAUCUGCAAUUUGACCGAGUACAUAUGGGUGUGGGAGAAGGAAGAAAGUACACUGCAAAGACAACAAAGGAAAAGAUAAAUCAUGUGUCACUUAAAGAAGCUAUUUUAUCAACAGUAACAAUGCAAGUCUUGUGUCCGUCUCAUGUUAAGGUCCUGAAAUUGAUUAAUUGUAUUUUACCGAGUAUUUUGGAUCUCACCUUUAUCCAACAUUUACAUUAUCUCGAGAUCCAAUGUGAUGAGACAGACUUGAAGACAGUGUUAAGUAACCCCAUUGACUUGAUAUCUAUACGCGCUUCUUCCCCUAUUGUAGUACAAACAUAAAAACAUUUUUUUUUUUAAAUUAAAAGCGUCACUUUUAUUUUUGUGUUUUAUUCUAUUGGUUUAAAAAAAAAAUUGUUUUUGUUGUUGUUGUCCAUUUACCCCCAAUAGAGCUUUUUUUUUUGAUUGUCCACUCCUUUUUUUUAUAACACAACUGUAGUCACUCUUGGAGAAAGAAAAAAAAAGAAAAA